GGUAUACCUGAAGUACACUGUAUUGCCAAAAGUAUUGGGACACCCCUCCAAACCAUUGGAUUCAAUCCCCUCCAUAUCCACAGGUGUAUAAAAUCAAGCUCCUAGGCAUGCAGACUACUUCUACAAACAUUUGUGAAAGAAUGGGUCGCUCUCAGGAGCUCAGUGAAUUCACGUGUGGUACUGUGAUAGGUUGUCACCUGGGCAUUAGGCCCAUCCAUGAAAUUUCUUUGCUACUAAAUAUUCCACGGUCAACUGUUAGUGGUAUUAUAACAAAGUGGAAGCAACUGGGAACAACAGCAACUCAGCCACGAAGUGGUAGGCCAUGUAAAAUGACAGAGCGGGAUCAGCACAUGCUGAAGAGCACAGUGCGCAGAAGUCACCAACUGUCUGCAGAGUCAAUA